AUGCAAAGCCAGUGUUUUCUACCACCAGCUGGGCCUGUCCAAGGGAUGGAGGAGGUCAGGCUCUGUAAAAAUCGAUUUAAAGCAAGCUCUCCAGGGGCUGGCAAGGCCGGGGGAGCUCCGAUACGUGACUACGCGCCUGGCGUGGCUCAGAGCGGGGGCACUAUUCCCGCCAAACAGCCUCCUUCCAAGCGCCGGGAGAGAACAAAACGGGGCGGGAACGGCGGAAAGGCAGCAGCCUACCGCGCCGCUCCCCGCCCUGAGGCGGGGACGCGGAGCACGCGCAGAGGCACCUUCCCCCCUUCCGGCAUGGGCAUUUCUUUCUCCGUCUUUCAGGAUCAAGCAGAACAGUUCUUUAGAAGUGGACAUACAAAUAACUGGGCGGUUUUGGUGUGUACAUCUCGAUUCUGGUUUAAUUAUCGUCAUGUGGCAAAUACUCUUUCAGUAUACAGAAGUGUCAAGAGACUGGGCAUUCCUGAUAGUCAUAUUGUCCUGAUGCUAGCAGAUGAUAUGGCAUGUAAUCCCAGAAAUCCCAAACCAGCUACUGUGUUUAGUCAUAAAAACAUGGAGCUAAACGUCUAUGGAGAUGAUGUGGAAGUGGAUUACAGAAGCUACGAGGUUACUGUCGAAAAUUUCUUGCGUGUAUUAACAGGAAGAAUUCCACCAAGCACACCGCGAUCUAAACGUCUUCUUUCUGAUGACAGAAGCAAUAUUCUAAUAUAUAUGACGGGCCAUGGUGGAAAUGGUUUCCUAAAAUUUCAAGAUUCUGAAGAAAUCACAAAUGUAGAACUUGCUGAUGCCUUUGAACAAAUGUGGCAGAAAAGAAGGUACAAUGAGUUGUUGUUUAUUAUUGAUACUUGUCAAGGAGCAUCCAUGUAUGAACGGUUUUAUUCACCUAAUAUAAUGGCCUUGGCUAGCAGCCAAGUUGGAGAAGAUUCUUUAUCACAUCAACCUGAUCUUGGGAUUGGCGUUCAUCUUAUGGACAGAUACACAUUCUAUGUGCUGGAGUUCUUGGAAGAAAUUCAUCCAGCCAGUCAGACAAAUAUGAAUGACCUAUUUCAGGUCUGUCCAAAAAGUUUGUGCGUUUCCACGCCUGGGCACCGAACUGAUCUCUUCCAGCGAGACCCGCAAAAUGUUCUGAUAACAGACUUCUUUGGCAGUGUGAGAAAGGUGGAAAUUACAACAGAGACAAUUUCUUUGGACAGUGACCUAGCUGGUUUUGAAAGCAAGCUUCCAAAGGAUGAGUUGGCAACAGAACCACAAAAAUAUGCUGAACAACUUCCUGUAGCUCAGAUAAUACACCAGAAACCAAAACAAAAGGACUGGCAUCCUCCUGGAGGAUUUAUUUUAGGACUCUGGGCAUUGAUCAUCAUGGUUUUCUUCAAAACAUAUGGAAUCAAGCACAUGAAACACGUCUUCUGAAUUCGAGCAAGCAAGAUGAUUGCUUUGACUGCUGCUUUGGAUUCAUUGGUGUCAUCUGAGUGCUCUGUAUGUGUAGAAAAACAGUGUUGAGAUCUCGCUUCUAAAGGUUCUUUUGAAGUCAUCUCUUCUGCACCUUUUUCUGAGAAGAGUCUAACGAAUGGUUUUAAUGUUAGACUUUUUUUAUUUUGUCUUGUUUUAAACAUAUUUUAAUGCUUUUCUGAGCAAUUUUUCUUUCUGGUUAAACUUAAAAAAGAGGAGGGACCGAAACACAGUAACAAUUUCUGAGGUUGAUUGUGAAUUGUAAAUGGGCAAAUUCUUUCCCCCGUACUUCAAAGUAAAUCUUAGAAGUUGUCAACCUAUCACUAAAGAACUAGACAUUGUGCAGAACGUUAUGUAAGAUGUCAUUUUAUCAAUAAAAACUUAAGCCACUUUGCAGACUUUGGCAUGAUGUAUUGAAAGCUUUCUUCGCAAAAAUAAAAAUACUCUAGAAUAU